AUGGCGGCCGAGGAUCUGAAGAAGAUGAUCAUGCUCAAGUCCUCUGACGGGGAGGAGUUCAAGGUGGAGGAGGCGGUGGUGAUGGAGUCGCAGACGAUCCGCCACAUGAUCGAGGACAAGUGCGCCGACAACGGGAUCCUGCUCCCCAACGUCAACUCCAAGAUCCUCUCCAAGGUAAUUGAGUACUGCAACAAGCACGCCCAGGCGGCCAAGCCCGUGGCCGAUGGUGCAGCAGACGGCGCUUCUGCCCUGUCCCCCGCGGAGGACCUCAAGAACUGGGACGCCGAGUUCAUUAAGGUCGACCACGCCACCCUCUUCGACCUCAGCCUCGCCGCCAACUACCUCAACAUCGAGGAGCUUCUGCACCUCACCUGCCAGACCAUCGCCGACAUGAUCAAGGGCAAGACUCCGGAGGAGAUCCGCAGGACCUUCAACAUCAAGAACGACUUCACCGCUGAGGAGGAAGAGGAGAUCCGCAGGGAGUACCAGUGGGCCUUUGAGUAA